GCACACUUCUGAGCACUAAAGCUUGAUCGUAUCUACACAGAACAUGCUAAUAAACUUUUUACCUUAGUACAUGAAGAGAGAAGAAAAAAGAGUGAAAUUUUGUGGUCCAACAAUAUAAGCACCUAAGAUCCUUCCCCACUUUUGUUUUGGGGGGUCCUUUACUUCUCUUCUAAUGUUUACUUUCACUUCCUUUUCUUCUUCUCCUCUUGUUCCAUCUUUCAUGUGAGAGAGAGAGAAAGAGAGAGUUGAAUUUUGCAGAUGAGUAUGAGAAGAAGCAAAGCGGAAGGGAAGAGGAAUUUAAGAGAAAUGAGCGAGGAAGAUGAAGAAGAAGAUGAAGAAGAAGAUGAGGAUACUUGUGAAGAAGAAGAAGAGGCUUCGGAGAAGAAGCAGAAAGGUAGAGCUACAAGUAGUAGCAGUAGCAGUGGAGUUUGUCAGGUCGAGAGAUGUACUGCGGAUAUGAGCAGAGCCAAAAACUACCACAAACGACACAAAGUCUGCGAGUUUCAUGCCAAAGCUCCUCUUGUUCGGAUCUCUGGUCUUCACCAACGUUUCUGCCAACAAUGUAGCAGGUUUCACGAGCUCGGUGAGUUUGAUGAAGCCAAGCGGAGUUGCAGGAGACGCUUAGCUGGACACAAUGAGAGAAGGCGUAAAAGCACAACUGAAUAAAAAAACGGUGAAAGGUCUCAAAAUCCCGAUUUGAAAGUUAAAUGUAAUAGGCUUUGCUUGCUCUCUUCUGUCAGUCUCUUUUUAGCUCCUUGUAAUCUUCUGUGUCUCUCUCUGUUUCUCCAUAUUGCCUGCAAUCAAAGCUAUCUGCUAAACCUAAGACAUCAUCAAAUGCAUUGACACUAAGUAAAUGCUUGAAUAAAUUAUGUGUAAGACUUACGAAAUGGUUAUUCAAAGUCAAGUUCUUUAA